AUGUUUGGUACAUGUGAAAAGUUGAUGACACAUUUUGCUGUCAUUUUGACCGCAUUUCUCGCCUCGCAGCCGCUGUUGUUGUUGCUGAUCUGCGGUCCGCCAACGACGCCGCAUGGCGGUAUCUCAUCAUCCUCAUAUUCUCCAAUGCUGGCACAUGCGUCCGCGGCUGAUGAAGCUGUUGGAAAAUGGGCGACACAAUUUGGAGAUGAACUGUAUUUGCUGGCCCAAAAGAUAACCAAGUCGCAGCAGAUAAAGGAGAAAUACAAGGAGUUUAAUGCUCGCGUCGAGCUGAAGAAUGGCACCGAGCUGAUCAGAUCCAUAACCGCAAAUGUUGGUAAAAUGCUGGCACGUAAAAUGGAUGCAGUUCGUUGCAUUCAAGAGAAGGCGGAGAUAGUCAACGAAAAUUUUGAGUUUAAUCAGACAUAUGCGGAAACGAAUUUCACAUACUAUUCCAGUAAAUAUUCCACAUUCAAUGGGAACAGCUCUGAGCUGCUGAAGGAGAACGAGGAGGAAUUUGAGUAUAUGUAUCGCGAAAUGAAGCUUAAUCCGGAUACACAUUUUUAUAAUAUAUCAGUGGACACGGAGCAUAGUUCGGUACAUGUGCCAUCGAAUGUUUGGGAUCGGAGGAGUAAUGUACUUAAGACAAUACAAUGGUCAGAGCAACUGGAUGAGGUAUUUCGCCAAAACUAUCAGUCAGAUCCGGCUCUCUCCUGGCAGUACUUUGGCUCCGAUACGGGAAUUCUUCGACAUUAUCCUGCCGCUCAGUGGACAGACACGCGGAUCAACAAACAGGAUGCCGAUACCUAUGACUGUCGCAAACGAUCAUGGUACAUUGAGACGGCCACCUGUUCUAAGGAUAUUGUUAUCUUGUUAGAUCAUUCGGGCUCGAUGACAGGACAUCGCAAUCAUGUGGCCAAAUUCACUAUACGUAGCAUACUGGACACCUUCUCCAAUAACGAUUUCUUUACCAUCUUUAAGUAUUCGGAAAAUGUGACGGGCAUUGUGCCAUGCUUUAACGAUGCCCUUGUCCAGGCGACUCCCGAGAAUAUAGAGACCUUCAACUCCGCUAUAGCCGCACUACCUGCUCCAUCCAAUUAUGCGAAUCUUACCCUGGCCUAUGACCACGCCUUUAAAAUUUUACGCAAUUACUAUGUGAAUCGACGCUGCAAUGAGACCUCCACUUGUAACCAGGCAAUUAUGUUGGUUACUGAUGGAGUUGCUGGAAAUACCACCGAGGUAUUUGAGAGAUAUAACUGGGGUAAUGGGGAGAACGGUACGUCCAGGAUGAAUGUGCGCAUCUUCACGUAUCUACUUGGAAAGGAGGUUACCAAAGUCAGGGAGAUUCAAUGGAUGGCAUGUCUCAAUCGUGGCUACUAUUCACAUGUGCAAACUCUUGAUGAAGUUCAUGAAGAGGUGCUCAAGUACGUAGAUGUCAUUGCCACGCCGCUAGUGCUGCAGAACGAACAGCAUCCGCCCACAUGGACACAUGCCUUCACUGACAAAACGUACGAUCCUAUGAACUCAACAGAACGGCGGCCGCGUCUUAUGAUAGCCGUCGGCGUGCCAGCCUUUGAUCGAUCCUAUCGUCAUGAGAACAGUACUAAUCGGCGUGCUCGUUUGCUUGGCGUGGCUGGAACGGAUGUACCCGUAGAGGACAUUGACAAGCUGACCCUACCUUACAAGCUGGGCGUGAAUGGGUAUUCUUUUGUGGUGUCCAAUAAUGGCUAUGUUCUGCUGCAUCCGGAUUUGAGACCCAUUGGUUCAAAUGGCAAGAUGAAUCCAAACUAUAAUAGCAUUGAUUUUAGCGAGGUCGAGCAUCUGUUUGAGGAUCAGAGUCCUCGUGAGCCUGGUGAAUCUAUAUUGAACAUCCGACGUGCCAUGGUUCACCAUGAAGCCAAGGAAUUUAAGGAUAUAUCCGUCAAGUUUCACUACGACAAAAUGCGUCGAGUCUCUGAGGAGAAACAGGAUUAUUUCUUUGCCCCCUUACCAAAUACACCCUUUACUCUAGGCAUUGUUAUGCCCAGCGAUUAUGGUAAGACUUGGAUCAAAGUGGGCGAUGAGGUGGAAAACAAGCAUAUGAAAGUUAAUAUAUCCGAGUUCUUUAUUGGUGAAAACUGGAAAGUGCAUCCCGACUGGGUCUAUUGCAAAUAUCACUAUCUGGAGGGUCAUGAAUUUAAGACGCCAGAAGCGGAGCUACGCGAGUUUCUGGAAAAGAUGAUGAAGCUCGACUGGAAAUUUCCAGAGCAAUAUGCCGAAGACGAAUCCGAUUGGGAUGAUAAAGAUGAUCUAAACUGUGGUCGCAAGACUCUCGGUGACGAUGCCUACUACUGUAAUAAGGAGCUGGUGCACUUGCUCAUUUUUGAUGCCAAGGUCACGAACUUUAGCUACGGCGAAUGGAAGUUUGAGAAUGAUCAGGAACGUCAGUUGAUCGAACGAUUUGGCGCCACAUUGCGUUUUGUCGCAACAAUGAGUGGAUUGACUCGCUGGCAGUUUAUCUUUGGCGAGGUGGAGGUCGAAACGGAUCGGGAGUUUGGCGAUUUUCAUACUACAGCCAUUGAUGAAACCUGGUACAAGAGCGCUAUAUUGCAGCAUCACCAAGACAACACCGAAAGUUUUGUUUAUUCGGUGAAGCACUACAACGAUCCCCUCGAGGAUAGCGAUCUGAAGGUGACUGCCUCGCACGCCAUCUUUCCCAGAGAUGGUGGUAAGGAGGCGCCAGCAUGUGUUGUCGGUUUCCAAUUCUCACAUGCCCGCAUGUGGGAUCGUUUUUUCAACAUCACCGCCGUGGACAAUUGCAACAAUUGUCUGCCAAUCUGCACUGAUGACGAUAUCGAUUGCGUGGUUAUUGAUAACAAUGCAUACAUUGUGGUUGGUCAGAAUGUUAAUACGACUGGAAAAUUCUUUGGCGAGUUUCACGGCGAUGUUAUGACCGCCAUGGUGCAAAAAGGCAUAUUUCAAAGCAUAGAGGUCUACGACUAUCAGGCUCUGUGCAAGGAUGAACCAAAAAUGCCCAGCGAUGGCCACAGUCUUUUGCACCCCUUAAAAGUGCUGAGCCUCGCCUGGAAAUGGCUUGUAGCGCAGUUUUUCUGGCACUACCAAAGGGUACAGUGGUGGGUGGAUGGCGCGCCUUUCAUGGAAUACUUGGACACCAUUGAGGAUGAGUAUGUGGCUGUGGACAGUAACUCACCAUCAGCUGCCAAGCCCAAGGAGGAUGGUGAUGAUGGUGAGGCGAUAUUUCAGGAACCCGAACCAGAGCCUGUCUACAAGCCCUGCGACAUGCAAUCCACAUUGUACUCGCUGCAACCCGAGUCCCUGGUGGGCAUCAAUGACUACGUGUUGGUACCAUCGACGCGUCCGUUUUUGGUUAAAAAGAUACCCAACUCAAAUCUGGUGCUGGUCGUGGUCAAUGUGCUAAUGCCAUCGCGCAGUGUACGCCUUACCACCGAAGCAAUGCGAAUAACGAGCUACGAAUCAGAGUAUCCAUGCUACAAGCUUAACAUGAGUUUCUAUGAGCGGCGGCGCAUCGAGGAGUGCUAUACUGAGCACGAGGAAGAGGAACUGUUCACCUAUUGUGGCAAUGCCUCGCGGCUGGAACUGACGGUACACCUGCUGACCAUAAUUUUGAUGUUUUACUUGACGCGUUCCUUUAUACGCAUCUAGUUCUUAGAACCUGUACAAGCAUAUACAUAUAUGUAUACUAAAUAAAUAUAUACCUAUGUACUAUGGCGGUUCGUUUAUUUUUUUAGACUGUAAACUAUUGUGUAGUACAAUUCUAGUCAAAUGUUUAACAACAACUAAACCUGUUACCAACUAAAAUGGCACCAUCUAUAACAACUAUUACAUGUUUAGCAACAAUAAUACAAAACAACAAAAAUUUCAACUUUUAGACUUACAAAAUAAGCCAAA